GCGGGAGCGAAUAUUGCUGCCCAUAUUACACGUCAUCUGGUAGUUACAGAAGCUCGUUCUACUGUUUCGACUACUGCUGCGGGACAUCUACCAGUAAAUACUGCUGUUCCUCGUCCUAUGACAGAUACUACCCGAGUUAUUCCUAUAGUUGGUUAUGCCCAACUGCGACAAAAGUGAGCGGGGGUGAUUAUUGCUGCCCAUAUUACACAGAAGAUGGCACUUACACACCAGCGUUCUACUGUGAGCAAUACUGCUGCGGGACGUCUUUCAGUAAAUACUGCUGUGAAACGUCUCAUUGGAGACUCAUGACAGACAGUUAUCCGUUUACAUGGAACUGCCCCGCCGUCACAGCUAAUUCAGGAGAAUAUUGCUGCGCAUAUUACACGUCAUCUGGCAGGUUCAGAAGCUACUUCCACUGUCCCAAGUUCUGUUGCGGGACAUCUAUCAGUAAAUACUGCUGUACCUCAUCCUAUAACAGAUAUUAUAGGAGUUAUACCUCUCUUAUAAACUGCCCCGCCCCCUUAAAUACCUGGAUUAGCUGGAGCAGCUCGACUACUACAUCAGGCAGCAUAAAUGUUACCGGUGCUAUAGUUGGCUCUGUAGUCGGUUUCAUCGCCCUGUGUGUCAUCAUAGGAGUCGCCAUUGGUUGCAAAACCGGAUGCUGUGGAAAAAGGAGACGGACAGUGACCAGACCCCCGGGUUAUGGCAUAGCAACGUUGAACACGCCGCCGACUACGCAAGAUUCCUCAGUCGGGUACGCCCCACCACCAACAAAUACAGCGUAUGGGCCAGGAAUACCUCAACCGAAUGAGGCUUAUGAACCAGAAAAACAGCCACCGUAUACAGGGCCAGGAAGUCACCCUGAACAGCCGCCAGACGCAGAGCUUGGGCCAGGAAUUCCACCUCCCAGUAACGCAUUUGGAGCAGGAUCGCCACCCGAUGGAGAAGCAGCACCACUGGACGGUUAUGAUGCUCCCCCUCCCCCAUACCCAGGCACAGAUGAUACUUACGCCCUACUCCAACGUUAAUUCAUCUGGCGCAGAUAAACUUCAAUGACUACAGUGUGCCGGGUGUGGCAGGAGUGGUAGUCAAGGGAAUGGAAGCAAAUUUCGAGCCCACGCUUGAAUUAAGCGUACAAAAUUAUAUUAGUUUAGGACAUUCAUCUCAUAUGUAUAUGUAAAGGUACAUAACAAUAUGAUUAGUACAGGUUGGGGUUAAUCGAGGUAUUGGUGUUAGUAUAUGGGACGAAUGCCACCUGUACAAAGUAAUGGGGAACGGACUAUGGUUUCUAGCGGACUACCAUUCUUGUCACAAUUGCUGACUACGGGCCUGUGAAGCAAGUUUCCUUUAAUUGGUGUUUUAAACCAAAUGAAUAUAAAGGGAUUUAUGUCUAACUCUGAAUGUGUAUCCGGUGUUAGUUUCUUAAACAGUGCCUGGUGAUUGCAGCUUUUCUGUAUAUAGAAGAGAUUGUCGUCAAUUGCUUAUGUAUUCAAGAAAGUGAUUAGACCUUAUGUGUUUAUAUAUAGUUCCCCAUAUCUUUUACUGAGUAUUAGUCCAAUCAUUAAAUUAACUGGAGCUUGAAUUCUUCGUGCAAAUGUAAAUUCAGCAAAUAUAUUGAUGACCAAAAUGUGAUUGGACACCACCAAAUGUGAUUUUAUAUAUCAGACUGCUUGUUAUAUUUUUUUGUUUGAGUGAUUAUUUCGUGUCUGUUGUUAAACUUAACAUAAGAUGUACCGUUUCGAUGGCCUUGUCUUACCGAGAGUUUUUUUAAAGUUAAUGUUUUGAUGUAAAUUAAUCUAUCCAUGUCGAUUAAUGAGUAUUAAGGUAGGACUUUAAAAAAUAUGGAGAAAAACUGCUGUGAACUUUUUGAACUUUUAAUUAAAUGAUAUUAAGGUUUUCCUUUUUAUAUAAUGUAUAAGUUACCGAAUUAUGAAUGUUUUUUCAUCAUUUAAGUGACGUGGGUCCCACUUACAAAAUAAUGUGUUUUAUUUAACUUUUAAGUAAAAUAAUGAAUAUUUCUAUGGCUUUCUUUGAAUUCAAGUCAUAUAUUUUUGUUACGAUAUAUGUUUCCUUUUUAUUUUUAAACCAAAUCUCUGUCUGGCAAAGU